CACAGUAUGUUGCAGAGCAUGUUGGAUGAAACUAUCUGAGAACAAGAACUUCUACAUUCCAGUUUUAUCUCUGGCUUCAUCUGAUCCAGUUUGAGAAUGCCUCGAGUUACACAACAUCUGCUGGUGUUCACAAUCAUUUUCGUCCUUCCACUGGUUAACACCACAACAAGCAUGGCAACCACCGGAUCAAGCAAAUUCUCAGAGGUUCAGAACAUUACCCAGUCUACUGUCACACAAAACACAACCACAACGAUUGUUAACACCACAACAGACACGACAACCACCGGAUCAAGCAAUUUCUCAGGAAUAUUUUACCCUUUCGGCUCUGCAGCAGGAGACACAAGCAAUAGUGCUGUUGAUGAUGGAAGCUCGACUUUGAUUGGCCUGUUGAGUCCAUUUAUAUUCUUUGAGCGUACAUACCUCCAGAUUUAUGUUAAUAAUAAUGGACACCUUACAUUCAACCAACCUUCAGGGCAAUAUAUCCCAUUCUCCUUUCCUGCUAAGGGAAGCCAAGAUAUCAUUGCUGCUUUCUGGACUGAUCUUGACAACAGGAGAGGUGUUGUUUCAUAUCAGCAGUACACAAAUGGAAGUGUGCUCACACAUGCCACUCAGGAUAUAAAACAGUACUUCCCUGAUCUGAGCUUAAAUGCUACUUGGGUAUUUGUUGCAACUUGGGAUAAAGUCGCUUACUGCUGCACCACAAACACAGAAACUUCAUUUCAAGUGGUUUUAAUUUCAACUGGUAAUUCUUCAUUUAUUCUGAUGAAUUAUGGAGACAUCGCUGGGAGAGAACGAACUAUUGCUGGUUAUGACACUGUAAUGUCCACACACUACUUUGUAAUUCCUGGGUCAAACAACGGGAGCUUCAUUCCAAAUCUCAAAUUCUCCAGUAAUGUAAACGUUACAGGUCGUUGGGCCUUCAGAGUGGACAGUGAACCAAGUGUAAACAUCAUCUCAAAAGAAAAUGUAAUUGGACUUCAAGUGAAACUCACCUCAUUUUUAGACCUAACACAGAAUGGAAACAUUAAGAUAGUUUUAGAUGAACUAAAACAGGAGCUGAUCAAAUAUGGUCUGCCGAACAGCAUAGAAUUGAACUUAAGAAAACUUCAAAAGACAAAGCCGUAAUCUCAGUCUCACAGGGAAAUAAAACAGAGACGUCUUGGACACCAAAUAUGAUUGCUAUUGAAGAUCUGAUGCCUCAGUGUCUUUUUUUUUAUUUUAUUUUUUAUUUAAACAACAAUACAUUACAUAAUAUAUAUUAUGCAUUAGUUAAUUCUGGUCCUUUAAUCUGAUUUGAUGAGAAAUGUCCCACGAGUGCUGAUAAUUAGUAUAACAACACUGUGACGUUUCACAAUUUGUAUCAAUCUGUGUUUAUGUCAUUCUAGACCAGAGUAUGUGAUUUGUUGUGGAGUGGAAACGGAGCAGGAAGUAGAGUUGGGUGAUUUUUGACUUGAGCUCAUAAGUUGGUGCGUUAGUGUUUUCUCUCGCUUCCUGAUCACUCCCGAUUUGACAGAGGAGGGAAAUUGCUGUUGAUCCGUUCCACUCACAUACUGUGUUCCAGUUUGUGCAUUACUUGCCAACAUUCAAAGCUCAAUGCUCCAGAUUCUUUUGGAACUAAUUUCAGUGGCAGAGAAAAAAGAAGUCUAUUAACUAAAUUGCCAAACACUAACAAAAUAUAUUUAAAAAAAUCUAGUAUGUGAAUAAUGAAAUUAAACCUGCUCUUCCUCUACAGCCCAUUUUACUAAUUCCUCCAACUAUAAAGUACUUGCUACGCCUUAAACACACUGAAUAAUCUUAAUGGUGAGAGAUUGUCAACUUCUAGAUGGCAAAACAAAACUUUAGAAUGUUUAUGGUUAAUAGUAUUGUGACAUAAUUGCCCUACAGAAAAACAGAUUAACUUCAACAAGCCAUGGAACAGCUGUUUUGAUAUAUUUUCCUUUGUUAACAUUAUGUUUGUAUUGUUGUUUUACCCUUAACAUUUUAACAUCUUAUCAUGUCAAUAAGGACAUCUGUGAGUAAACUAUAUGGUAUUUGUAAAUGCUACUUUAGAUUUAUUAUUUGGUCAAUUCUGGCCAUAAAGCUGAAAAAAAAAAAAAAAAAAAAAACAAGGGUCAGUGGUCAAAUGUUUUGCACAUACCUUGGUAGUCUGUAUGUCUUGCAAUAUAUGCUAUAUACACAGGGGUGGAAAGUGUACUGAAAAAUAAUACUCAAAAGUACCUGUCCUAAAAACUACUCAAGUAACCAUAAAAGAGUAGCUAAUUUAAAAGUACUCAUGAGUAGUGAGUAUUGAGUACUGAGUUGUGAAAGUUAUGCCCCUUUAUAAUAAAAACUGUAUGCUGCAAUUUAAAAAUGUAGCACACAUACCAUAAUUUACAUUCCCUUUUAUGGCUGUUUGCCAGAAAGAAUAAAAAAUGUAGGUAUUUUAUAGGUGUUUGUGAUUGGCAACUUUUAUAAUACAUCACUUAUCUAUGAUACUGCAAACACUACAUGAAUCUGAUUCCAAAUAAAAUAAAUAAAUAAAAGGGCAACAUGAUUACAGAAAUGAAAAGAUGAAAAAGUUAUUUUCAGUACACUGUUCCCCAUUUUAUUUCGUAAUGUAUGAAACAAUUACAUUAAAAUCAGUUUAUGUGUAGGGUCUACAUUUCCCUUAAUGCCAACAGAGAGAGUAAAAAAAACAACAAAAAAAAAACCACUAAAAGCAGGGUCACUUGGUGCGUCAUGUCUCGCACAAUAGAGGGGGUAGAGCAGGGGUGGGAAAGUUGUUUGGUACAGGGGCCACUGUGAAAAUUCUCUCAUCAUAUACUCACCCUUAUGCCAUUCAGGAUGUGUAUGACUUUGUUUCUUCAGCAGAACACAAAUUAAGAUUUUUAGAAGAAUAUUUCAGCUCUUUUGUUCCAUACAAUGCAAGUGAAUGGGUGCCAACAUUUUGAAGCUCUAAAAAUCACAUAAGUCAGCAUAAAAGUAGCAUAAUCCAUGUCUUCAGAAGAGAUUUGAUAGGUUGGGUAAGAAACAGAUCAAUAUUUAAGUCAACUUAAAUCAGCUGAUCAGCGGGAGAGUGAGAUAAAGAGCAGCCAGAGACGCCGGUUCGGGAGAGAGAGAGAUGCACAAACGUUCGUUUGAAGUUGAGUUUCUCAUUAAAGUUUACGUUGACUGUUCUGCCGGUUCCCGCCUCCUCCUUGCCCGUUCUUUAUACUGUUACACUAACAAUAUUAUUAAAAAAUAUUAUUAUUAAAAAUGUCACUGUUUUAUUCUAUUAAUACUUUUAAAGCUACUCAAGUUAUUCAGCCAAAAGUAGUGAGUGGUUACCUCGUUUUCCUGUUAUUGUUGUUUGAUUAAUAGCCUUUUUAUGACAUAGCCUACUAGACAGUGCUCAAUUCGGUUACAUGUACACUUAACGUGCAAUAUUUUGAUUCAAAUAGGCUUUUUGUCCCACUGUUUACAUUCCGCAAACCGACUGCGUUUACAUUAAUGCCUCACCAAGAUGGGCAUUGGCGGAAUUAUAAAGUGUAUUUAACCAUUUAGGUGUGUACCUGCAUUAGCGCUCUCGGAACACACGUGCAUGUAAAGCGCACAAACAUUAGCCACCUGUCAAUCAAACAGUACGCAGCUACAGACACCAGGAAAUAAAAAGUCAAUCUUUAAUAAUUUAUCUAGAUCAACCAACCAGUGGUUGUCUUGCUAUUGCAGUCGAUGUAAUGAACACCCAUGGUCUAGAUGUAGGACGUAGGCUAAGUAUAGAAAAGUUCAUCACCGACAUCGAGGACAUCUCUCUCUUUUUUUUUUUUUCAGAUAAACAUCGAGAGAGUUUUUUUCACCUAGCCCUAUUGAUAACAUCACCUUAAUCUCUCACAUCAACCCAAUAAUCACAGUGAUAGAUAGAUAAAUUAUCUAUCUAUAGCUACAUUAUAGACACAAAGGAAACUCUAGUAAGCAGAAAUAUGAAAUAUACCUUGAUAUGUUUCUUCAAAUUAAAGGUAGGAUUAAUGCUGAUACCUGGCUUGAGCAAGCUAAACUCACAUGACACAAUCAUGCGAUUGGCCUUUUCUCUGCGAAAAGCCCUUUCAGGUGUUGAACUGUGCUUCAGGCAUCCUCCACAUUCAUAACAGUUGGCGCCCGACCUACAGCUGCCGUUCAAGUUUUGAACACGUCACGAGACUCUCACGAGACUCUCCCUAGCCAAUCAUGUUGAUAGAUAAAAUCAGGACAGGAAAGUAGCGAACACAGACGGUGGGAAAAUAGUGCAUUAAAAGUACAGUUACAGCACUUAAAAUGUACUUAAGUAAAAGUAUAAAAAAAUUUAACUACUUAAGUACAAUUCCUGGGAAAAACUACUUAAUUACAGUAAGUGUUAUUUUUUAUUUUAUCCCAUAUACUGUAAAUCAUAGACUUCUGUCUCUCUCUUCUUCCUUUUUGUCAUCUUCUCUAUUAAACUGACUAAUAAGAAUAUUUACUCUCUCAACAGAAACUCAGUAAAGUCUGUCAGAACAGAGUUGAGCACAUCAUCGUUUAUCAUCUGCUAAUAAUAGAUCUUAAAGGAAUGAUAUGUGUAGGAAAGUAGCUCAGUCCAGUUAAAAUUCCAGAGCUUUGGACGGGGCCAAGAAUGCGAUGACAUGAAUUAGGCAUUGAUGUUGUUGUUGUAGAGCCAGUCAUCAAUUAUUGGGCCCCCAAAUAACCUAUGGAAGUAGAGAAUGAGGCAUUUUUGCAGCUAUGUUUCAAUAAUUGCUUUUAUUGCAUUGGGGAUUGAGUCCUAAAAAUUUCUGAAAUGUACAGUAUUUUAUUCAAAAUAGCAAGGAAAAUGUGUUUCCUCAUGACAUGACCCCUUUAAAGAAUGGAAUACUAACCAUACUACUCAUACUACUUUUGCCAUAUCUGUUUAGUAGUUGUAGUAUGCCAUUCCGAACUCGGCCACCAUUUAGACCGACACCAGAACGCUUCAACUAAUUGUGGAUCCAGAUGGCAUUAGCUUCUAUGUAAGUAACUUCACUGUUCUGGUUCAGUCUGUUUUGAAUAUUUGGCUGCUCUGUUGUAGCUGGUUAGUAGAGGAGGAAAUAUGUAGCCUGCUGUACUGUACUGUAGGUGGAUCCGUCUAUCAACAGCCCAAAUAAACACUAGACUAGUUUUUAUCACAGACUGUAUAAAUGCAGCUGAUGUGCAAAGCCAGUCUGACUUAAAACCAGAAUUUAGAUUUGAAACUGUCCAAUGUAAACCUUGCUGUAUAAGGAGAAAAUCUCAAGAGGUCAUGAAAACUGCAGUAUACAUUAAUUUGCCUCUACAAGAGACACUGUAAUUGAUUUAAACAUAUUUGACUGGUACAUUGUCUGUGUGUACAGAUUAUUAGAAUUAUAAUUUCUACACUAAAAUCUUUUGAGAGCUCACACUUAUUAAUUGUUAUUGAAAAAAGUUUUUGUAAACAAUACCAAUAACCCCAUAAAUGCUGGUAAUAGUUAUAAUGAUGUUCUAGAUCACUGUUUAAUGACCUCAUAAUAACACAGGCAAUAAAUGUGUCUCUGUUUGAUGUUCUUGUAGUACCGCUCUUUCAUCAGCUCUUGAGUUUAGUGCUGAGUAAUGUAUUUGUGUUGGAACUGGGAUGAUUUUUAGCCACACAUCAGUGAUGCAAUGGGCUUGAAAUUAAUUAUUCAAGUGCAAAAACGCAUGCGCUGACCUCCCUAAUCUCAUUACAGAAGAGCAAAAAAAAAAAAAAAAAACCAUCCUGGGAAAACUUGAGUAAAGGCAGGCUUUUAUGUGACAUCGCAAACCCCCAUUUUUGUCUUAACUGUCAAACCAGAAUGAAUACAAAUAUCACAUUUCUAAGAGCUUGACAUAUGUGUUUGAAACUAAAACUAGACAAGUUUUCCCUUCAUUAUCUUAUUUUUCCUCUGAAACAUUACAUAACAUUUCCGGGGAAGUACAUUGGCUAGCAUCUCUACAGCAUCUGACAUUUUCUUU